AUGGAGAAGACACGCCAGGACCCAUCCAUCUCCACGAAGCCCUUUCCUUUCAAAGACCUGCCAGCCAUCAUCUGGCUCUUUUCGGAGAGCGACAUCCCAACAUUUGUGCUCCCAAAUUCCGCUUUUGGUCUACUGGGGGCACUGGCCGGACCUGCUCUUGCUGAUGGCAGUAUCUUUCCCUCGGCCAUAGAUCUGGUCUUUUAUCGCCUCCCUUUGGUCAUUCUGUUCAACUGGGCGGUGGUCUUCAUCUUCCAACUUGCGAACCAGCGUUCACCCGAGGCAAUCCAGGAAGACCGACUCAACAAGCCCUGGCGGCCAUUACCCACUGGCCGCAUCAGUGCCGAGCAAACCCGCCGGCUUCUUUUAGUUGCUAUUCCUGCCGUUCUAGCCCUGACAUAUGGCCUCAGGGUCUGGCAAGAGAGUGCUUUGAUCAUGAUCCUGGCCUGGAUGUACAACGACCUUAAGGGCGGAGACGAACUUAGUCGCGAUCUCGUCAUCGCCAUCGCUUACGGCCUAUUCAAUGCCUCUUCACUGCGCAUUGCUUUAGGCUCCUCCGCGGACUUGAAUCCCGCUGCUGCUCACAUCUCGAGACGAGGAUACCUCUGGAUCACCAUGAUCAGUGGUGUCAUUCUGACGACCAUGUCAAUUCAAGAUCUGAAAGAUAUGGCCGGGGAUCGCAGUCGCGGGAGAUUAACGAUUCCACUCCUCGUAGGACCAACCCGGUCACGCUGGCUGAUCGCUGCCCUGGUGCUGUGUUGGGGUCCAGCGUGUGUCUUCUUUUGGGGCUUGCCACUCCGGUGUUACAUCGCUCCAUGCGCGAUGGCUGUCGGAGUAGCAGCGUCGGUGGUUUGGCAGCGGGAUAUCCGCUCAGAUGCCGCAGCAUGGAGACUGUGGUGUGCAUGGUUGGUGGUGUUGUAUCUAUUGCCAUGGGUUGCGACAUCUGGAAUCGGAGCUCCAGUUUACAAGGACCCCCCCUGUACAUAG